AUGUACCUAUCAAUGGGCCUCGCUCGACUCUCAAUUGAGUAUGGGUCUAGUCUCAUGGACAUGUCUGUGGAGACCAGGAAGCGUGUGCUCGAUGAGUUGGAUGGGGAGAUGGGUGAUCCCCCUACCCCGAAGAAGCAAUUUGUGGAAUCAACUGAUAUUCUAGAGAAGGUGGAGGAAGCCAUCCUCGAGUGGCCCCCAGUCGAUAAAUGA